AUGCCGAAGGACGAGGAAAAGAACUCGGCGGCGCCGCGACAUCUUCCGAUUCGCAGUAAUCCAGACAUGGAGAACUUCGACAUCGUCAAGACGUACAACCGCCUGCUGGCCGACGACCCGGAGCUGACGAUGCCGGUGGCGGCGAUCGAGGCGCUGAUCGAGGCGCUGGGCGCGAGCUCGGCCAUGACCGUCUUCGAGACUAUGGACCUCGUCAAGACGCAAUCAGAGAAGCUGCGCGCCGCCUUCGCCAACCCCGUCGCCCUGUCGCACGGCACAAACCUGUUCCAGCAGUACCUCGUCAUGUCGCUUAAGCAGCCCGGCGAGGCCGCCAGCAACCGGAACUUCGAGGUCGUGCGCCAGCACCUCAUGCGCAACGGCCGCCUGUUUGCCGCCCGCGCCAAGGAGGCCCGCGAGAAGAUCGCUAGUGUUGGGAGACAGUACAUCCACGACAACACCACGAUCCUAACGCACGGCGGCUCGCGCGUAGUCGGCACGCUCCUCGGCCGCGCCGCCGAGAACCUCCCUGGCGACCCAAAGCGCCGCUUCAAAGUAAUCUACGUGGUCAACGACGCGCGCCGCACGGAGAGCAACCGCGUCGUCGCAGCCCUGCGCGCGCGCGGCGUGCCCGUGGCCACGAUCGACGACAGCGCCGUCGCGUACUGCAUGCCAAAGGCCGACAUGGUGCUGGUGGGCGCCGAGGCCGUCAUGGCCGACGGGGGCGUCGUCUCGCGCUUGGGCACCUACUCGAUCGCCGUGCUGGCCCGCGCGCACCACAAGGACUUCUUCGUCGCCGCCGAGCAGCACAAGAUCGGCAAGACCUUCCCGCUCGGCCAGUUCGACGCCGGCUUCGAGCAGAACCUGCUCGACUUCCACGCCAGCAAGGCACAGGAGGGCGGCGGCGCGCACGAGGCCCCAGCGCCUGUUGCUGAUCCGGUCGAUUACACGCCCCCUGAGUACAUCGAGGCCUUCUUCGCCGACCACGGCGUCAAGGCACCGUCCGCCAUCGCCAAGGAAGUCAUCGACAUGCUCUUCUGA